AUGUACUGGGUCUCCAAGCUCCUUGCCCUCGCGGCGACAGGUGCUGUGGGGACGAAUGCGAUGGAUGCUUCGAUCUUCAAGUUCCCCUCCAGCCUGCCCUUGGACUCAGAAUCCGUGACAGUGUCUGAGGACUUUGCACAACUCGCUUUGAAGAUUCGCGUGGAAUCAUCUUUAGCAUCAGUUCUUCGAGGCAUGGAGGCUGAAGCGGAUCGCCUGGACCAAUUUGUCGACACCCAACUGCCUCUUUUCGGUAGCAACCACGAGGUACCUAGUAAAAGUUUGCUUAUCCUAGAAGGAUUUGACGAGGACGUCGCAGAUAGGAGCUUGCGCAAGAACCAAUUUCCCAAUUUCUUUGUCCCCGGUGCUUCUUUCGACUUGGUCGACGAGCCAUUUACAUCACUUGUGCAAGGCGGCAGUAAAGGGAGCCACUGCAUGUAUCAUGGGGGCGAUGGCAAGACGAAGUCUACUCGUACCGCCAAAGACUGCCUUUCUAAGGACCCGGUUCUUUCUCUCGGUCAUAACUUGUUCAAUCAUGAUCUUCUGGAUCUUAUCAAUUCGGUGGAGACAUGGGCGAGUAAUGACCUAAAGACAACCGCUUCCCGAUUAUCGUUCAAGGUCACAUCCAGUGUUAACGUUCUCGAUAUCAAACCUUUGGAAUCAGUAUUCCAGCACCUGGCCAAAUUAUCUUCCGCGGACAACUGGGAUGUCACCGUUGUACUCCUUGCCAGCUCGGCGCACGAUUCGGAAGCCCGGAAGAAUAUUGUUCAGCGAGGCGAGAAUUCGCGGGCAGAACCAUUCUCAUCUGCCUCCGAGGCACAGAAUGAUCCGCAGAUGUCAUCACGAGACCUGUCUCUGCACUCAAACCUCGCCCCCGUCUGUCAUGCUUCCAACUCGUCUUGCUCAGAGGCAACUAACAACUGCUCUGGACAUGGGUACUGUUACCUGAAAUAUACGUCCGGUGGCGAGGCAACCACCAGCAACUGCUACGCAUGUCGCUGCCAACAGACUGUGGUGCGGAAAAAAGAUGGCACUAUUCAGAAGGUCCAGUGGGGUGGGCCGGCCUGUCAGAAAAAGGAUAUUAGCUCUCCUUUCUUCCUGAUUGCCGGUGUCAGUGUCUUCGCUAUCAUCAUGGUAAGUAGCGUGGUUGGUAUGUUGUUUAGCAUGGGCCAGCAAGAGCUGCCCAGUGUGAUAGGAGCUGGAGUAGGCGGAUCGAAAGUGCAAACAUGA